AUGAUGCUCAAGGAUUUCGCGGCAAUUCAGCAGCAGCAGCAGCAGCAGCUGGCCCUCGCCGCCGACGAGAACAUGUCGAACCUCACCUCCGCCUCCGGCGACCAGACCAGCGUCUCCUCCCACCCCCUCCCGCCUCCUUCCAAGAAGAAGCGCAGCCUCCCGGGAAAUCCAGACCCUGACGCGGAGGUGAUCGCGCUGUCGCCGCGUGCGCUCAUGGCGACGAACCGGUACGUGUGCGAGAUCUGCGGCAAGGGGUUCCAGCGGGACCAGAACCUGCAGCUGCACCGGCGCGGCCACAACCUCCCCUGGAAGCUCAAGCAGCGGAACCCCAACGAGGUGGUGCGCAAGAAGGUGUACGUGUGCCCGGAGCCCGGGUGCGUCCACCACGACCGCUCCCGCGCGCUCGGCGACCUCACCGGCAUCAAGAAGCACUUCAGCCGCAAGCACGGCGAGAAGAAGUGGAAGUGCGACAAGUGCGCCAAGCGCUACGCCGUGCAGUCCGACUGGAAGGCCCACUCUAAGGUCUGCGGCACCCGCGAGUACCGAUGCGACUGCGGCACGCUCUUCUCAAGGCGGGACAGCUUCAUCACGCACAGGGCGUUCUGCGACGCGCUGGCGGAGGAGAGCGCGAGGGCGGUGGCCGUGGCCGUGGAGGAGCACCAGCAUCCGGGGAUGCUCUACUCGCACGGUGGCGGCGGCGCGGGGUUUCAGAUGCCGGCCGUGAUGGACCCGUCGAGCUCGCUCGGUGGCGGCCACGGGCUGAUCCAAGAAUUGUGCCUCAAGAGGGAGCGGGAGCAGCAACAGCAGCAGCAGCAGUUCGCGCAGCCGUGGCUAUCGGAGCAGCAGCAGCAGCAGCUGGAGAUGGCCGGCGAGGGCGCCCAGGCCAUGUUUGGGACGGCCAGGAUGGAACAGGAGUUCAACGCGAGCUCCACGCCGGAGAGCAGCACGCAGCCUGUGGGCAUGAGCUUUGCGUCAUUUCCCUCGUCGUCUGCGGCCCCGUCAGCGGCCGGGGCGACGGCCUCAUCCCACAUGUCGGCCACCGCGCUGCUCCAGAAGGCGGCGCAGAUGGGUGCAACGCUGAGCCGGCCGUCAGGCCAAGGCCAGAUGGCAGCGAGCACCUUCAGCAGUAGCAGCAGCGCCGCCAUCACCAACGUCACCAACAAUGCACCUGCUGCCGCUACUAGUAGCAGCGCGGCGACAAGCACCGUCGGCGUGGGAUUCGGGCACGCGUUCGAGGCGCCGGCUCACUUCGGAGUGGACCAGAGGCCCAGUGCCAAUCGUAAUGCCGGCAAUGCCGGCGUCGGCGGCGCAGGUAGAGGCAAUGCCGGAGGCGCAAACGACGGCCUCACGAGGGAUUUCCUGGGUCUGCGGGCCUUCUCCCACGGCGACAUACUCAGCAUGGGAGGCUUCGAUCCCUGCAUGCCCACGUCGGCCUCGGCGAGGGCGGCGUACGAUCAGCAAGGGCCGCAGAGCAGCAACCCAUGGCAUGGCUAG